AUGUCUCUUUUGCCCAUUCGUGUCUGCGUACUGGUCUGUUCCUACGAAGGAUCGGAUAGUGAACUGAAGGAAUAUGAGGGCGAAAUUGUACAGACACCGCAGCAUUACUUUACGGAGGAGGAUUCGAAGGAAUUUGUUUUUACUCUUGAAUUUGUGAAGAAGGCGACUGCAUACCGUCAAAUACGUCAGUUAGUGAAGUCUGGGGCCUUUGAUGUCUUUUACAACCAGUGCGAUGGGGCCAUUGAUGAGGAUAAGGCCGGUGUGGAAGUGGUGCAGGCACUUGAGAGCUUUAAAGUUCCGUUCACCGGGGCUAUCUCCAAAUACUAUGAGUUGUCUAAACCGGAAAUGAAGCGAAUGGCACACUACUGCGCUGUAAAAACAGCCCCAUAUGCCGUUUUGGAGGCCGGUGAUAAUGUGCGGGAGUUGUGCGCCGCCCUGCAUUUCCCGUUGAUUGUUAAGCACAUCUCUGGCUACAGCAGCGUGGGGAUGGACAAGUCUUGCAAGGUGUAUGACAUGGAUGCGUUGAAGGAACGGGUGGCUCGCUUUAUUGAUCAGUACCAGAGUGCUCUUGUGGAGGAGUUUAUUUCCGGCGAUGAGGCAA